AUUGCAUGUCAUUCCUGAUAUAUUUGAUACUUUCACACAACCGUCGUUAAGGAAGCAAAUAGCAUGUCUUCAUCGAAGCUCCAUAGUAGCAUAUUCCAUCCGACUCUACGGAAAUUGCAGUGUCAGGAUGUGGCGAUUGAGGCGCACAACUUAAUGUAUCCUGUGUUUUUAGUCGAUGACGAUGAAGCUAUUCAAAACAUUCCUAGUAUGCCGGGAGUGGCUCGAUAUGGCCUUAACAAACUGUUGGUUCAUCUGAAACCGCUGAUUUCGAAAGGACUUCAGUCAAUCUUGUUAUUUGGUGUAAUUGAUCAAAUACCAAAGGAUUCGACAGGCACCGGUGCCGAUUGUGCAACUAAUCCGGUGAUACGAGCAUUACCUCAAAUUCGUGCUUCUUUCCCCGAUUUGCUGAUUGCAUGUGACGUUUGCCUAUGUCCUUACACCGAUCAUGGUCACUGUGGAGUUUUAACGCCGGAUGGCGUAAUCAACAAUGAGCCAAGCAUCAAGCGCAUUGCAGAGAUUGCUCUAGCUUACGCUAAGGCCGGGGCACAUAUUGUCGCACCUUCCGACAUGAUGGACAACCGGAUUUUCGCAAUCAAAGAGAUAUUGAAUAAGCAUAAUUUAAACAAUCGAUGCUCCGUGCUGUCGUACUCGGUGAAGUUUGCUUCAGGAUUCUAUGGACCGUUUCGAGAUGCGGCAAAAUCUGCACCCGCUUUCGGGGAUCGCAAAUGCUAUCAGUUACCGCCGGGAUCGAAAGGCAUCGCAAAACGGGCAGCGAAACGUGACGUUGAUGAAGGAGCCGAUAUGCUCAUGGUUAAACCCGGAAUGGCUUACUUAGACAUAGUGAAACAGGUGAAAGAUGAAUAUCCCGAACUUCCUUUGUUUAUCUAUCAGGUGUCAGGGGAAUAUUCCAUGCUUUUAAAUGCCGCAGAAAUUGGUGCUUUUGAUUUGAAAACCGUAUUAUGGGAAGUACUGGUGAGUAUGCGCCGUGCCGGGGCGGACUGCAUAAUCUCUUACUUUACACCGACUGUGCUAGACUGGUUGAAGGAAUAGGCUGACUUCGACAUGUUAAUCAAUGAUGAUUUAGUUUGCUGAAUUGCUAUGUUCUGCAUGAC